CUCCUGCUUGUGACGUCAUAUCCGUCACUCCGAGUUUAAAUGCACGCGGACAACAGUGGCGCUCAGCAGACGACUGAGAAACUCUGGAGAUGAUGAUGUGGCUGCUUGUGCUCACUGCAGCGCUGAUGUUGACAUUUAUCCUCACAGGUAGACGCAGAUCCAAACGAGAGCCUCCUCUGGACAAAGGGCUGAUUCCUUGGCUGGGCCAUGCGCUGGAAUUCGGAAAAGACGCCUCCAAAUUUAUUAACCGAAUGAAGCAGAAACACGGCAACAUUUUCACUGUGCGUGCUGCAGGCCGCUACGUGACGCUGCUCCUGGAUCCUCACUCCUACGACGCCGUCAUCAGCGACUCCAAGUCUCUGGACUUCAGCCGCUACGCUCAGGUGCUCAUGGAGAGGAUCUUUGACCUGCAGCUUCCCCAUAACCUGCCGGAUAAAGCCAAGGAGAUGAUGAAGAGGCACUUCCUGGGAGUGAACCUGUCCACCCUCAACAGCACCAUGAGCAGACACUUGCAGGCCGUCCUGAAAGCGGAGACGCCUCAGAACCAGCGGGACUGGAAAGAGGAGGGGCUCUUCGACCUCUGCUACAGAUUACUCUUCAAAGCGGGCUACAUGAGUCUGUUCGGAGGGGAGAAGAACAACAACAGCACGGACCCCUCCAGCGUCUACGAAGAGUACAAGAAGUUUGACGGCCUCCUAACCAAAAUGGCCCGAGGCACGCUCAAAGCAGAGGAAAAGAAGGAAUCAAAGAGUCUGCAGGGAAGGCUGUGGGAGCUUCUGGCUCAGGCCGGUCUGACGGAGGACUGCGGGUCCAGCCCUUGGCUCCACACCUACAGGCGGCUCCUGGAGGAUGAUGGGGUCAAUGAAGAGACACAAAGAAAGGCAGUGCUAAUGCAGCUAUGGGCUACACAGGGUAAUGUCGGUCCUGCAGCGUUCUGGCUCUUGAGUUACUUGUUGACGAAUCCUGAAGCUCUGAAGGCGGUUCAGAAGGAGUUUGGCCAGAUGACGCAGACGGCUUUCAGGACGCUUUCCACGGACAGACCUGUCAGCACGCCAGUAUUCGACAGCGCUUUGGAAGAGACCAUGAGACUCACUGCUGCCCCCUUCAUCACCAGAGAAGUGGUGCAGGACAAGAUCCUCUGCAUGGCGGACGGCCAAGAGUAUCUGCUAAGAAAAGGGGACAGAUUAUGUUUGUUCCCCUUCAUCAGCCCUCAAAUGGACCCUGAGAUUUACCACGAGCCACAGAAAUUCAAAUAUGACCGCUUCCUGAACAAGGACGGAUCAGUCAAGAAGGACUUUUACAAAGGAGGCAAGAAGCUGAAGUAUUACACCAUGCCGUGGGGAGCGGGCACCAACGGCUGUGUGGGGAAGUCCUUUGCCAUCAGCACCAUCAGACAGUUCGUCUACAUGUUGCUGACUAACUACAGUUUGGAACUGUGUGACCCAAAUGCUCAGCUACCAGAGAUAAAUGCCAGCCGCUAUGGAUUUGGAAUGCUACAGCCUGAAGGAGACUUGCCUGUGCGAUACAGACAGAAAAACACUCACUAGGGAAACAGUGACUCCCUUUCAACACAUUUCUGACAAAAUAUGUGUAAAUAGAUUUAAUAUUUUUGUUUUUUACUAUAUAUUUAUACAAUAAAAGUACUGUCUCUAUUUAUAAUAAAACAUGAAAAAAGAA